GUUGUUUUUCUCAGGCGGGAGUGACGGAGUUUAAAAUUCUGGUUUUCCAGAGAGAAGUUAAUGCGGAGGAGACAGCGCCGGUACCGCCGCAACACCUAACGUAGCUGAGCCGGGGUAAAGUCCAAUUACAGCUCCCAGAAUGUAUUUCCUCUAUUGAGUUCAAUGGACUGUUAUAGGUAUUACCUAAACCUGCUGGAACUUGUAGUCCUUCUCUCUGCUCAUUCUUGAGGAGUAAUGUCAGCCCCACGCCUUGUGCCAUCUGGUCGGCAUGCAGAAAAAGGCCUGACUCUUGAUAGAAGGAAAGGAAUCACCUUUAUGGGAAAGUUGUUCUACCUGGAUCUUCCUCACAGCAAACAGACCCAGCUUUUGACUAAAGCUAUAUGCAGCCUGGGAGGGAUUAUAGAGAGCUUCCUGAGCAGAGAUGUCAAUUACGUGGUUACUGGGAACAGAAAAGCUACUGUUACCACUAUUGGAGACUCCGGAGAAAGGAAAGGGAGCAGCUCACGACAUCCCACGAAAGAGAAAAUAGAGAAAACUCCUUACAGCCGGGGAAAGCAGCUGCUGAGGAAAGUUGUGCAUAGCCAGGAGUGCAGCAGUGUUCUUUCCAGUGCACGUUCUUGGGGUGUCUCCAUCCUCCAUGUGGACGAGUUGCUGGAGUUUCUUGAAGUUUUCACCCAAAGACGAGCUAAUAAGCCUGCUGAGGGAAAAGGAUCUUGUGCUGCAGGACAGAAAGUGAAAGUGGGUAAACUAAAAAGCCCCUUCCUGAAGAUCGAGGACCAGAGCCGAAAAUACCGUCCGAUCCACUGCUCCUUCUCCAACUUUCCUGAGUGCUCAUUCAUUUCUUCAAACAGGAGUCCCUUUGAGACCCCUCGCACAAACAGUACACAUAAGGACCGAGACCCUAGGGAACUGAACAAGGAUGAGUUUGAGAGACCACAGAACUGGGACAAGAGUGGGUAUUGUGAGUGCUGCCAGUUGACGUACACAAGGCUUAGUGAGCACCUUAUCAGUGAACAGCACUGCCUCUUCGCUUUCAAUGCUUCCAAUUACAAAGUCAUUGAUGACAUUACAUCUCGUACCAUCUGUGACCUCGUUCCUUUGCCUCAUGGGUUUAAACCCCAUGAAGAGCAAAGUAAAAGUGACGCCCCACUGCAAAGUUUCCGGGGACUUUUACUAAAAGAAGAGGGAUGCUUGGAGAUGGGUAACAGACAAGGUGAAUUUGAAGAACAAUUUGUGGACCACAAUGUAGAACUUCCUACAGUAGAGCACAUCCUAGAGAGCCAACAUGUAACUGAAGAUGCAAUAUGUCCCAUGGAGAAAAACAAUGUGGCUCUAGUGGAAAAUAUGUUGAAGGAUACGGUAGUAGAAGACACUGAAUGUUUACCCGAGAAUCUACUUGUAGAAGACCAAGAACCCCAAUGUUCUGUGAGUACUGUAAAUGCUUUGGUGCAGUGUGAUCUACCCUUAGAAGAUACCUGUGAGGAGGCUUCCCAUGUGGGUCUUGUUACUGAGGUCUCCUGGUACACAGAGGACACGGGGCUGACCUCAGUUUACACUGUCCAGUCACUUGUUAUACCCCCAGUUCAUGUCCUUGAUCAACAUCCAGAGCUCUCCAUGGAGCACGCAGCCAUACAGCCACCAAUAUUCCUCAGUGCCCUAGGAGAUCCCCUUCAUUCAUUGGCACAGGAGGGCUUUAGUGGAUCAUCUAAUGGACCAGUACACGGAGAUCUUAUUACCACUGCACAUAUAGAACCACAAGGCGAAAAUGCUGAUCUCCACCAAUCAAAAGAAUCACUUGCUCAUGAGCCCCAGGUUACGCCAAAUGCUGGAGUAUAUGCUGAACCCUCUCCAAAGCCGGUUACUGAAAGUAAAUACACAUUGCAUCCUCUGGGUACUGCAGGAGCAGAGGUGCCAGAAGAGGAGUCUGCAGUUAAUCACCACCAACAUGUGCUGCUGGUUUCCACGCAAAAUAAUCUGUUUGCAAAUUCUCCAUGUAAAUUACACAAAGAACAAAGUAACAAUUUAUCCCAAGACCAAUCAAUGCUGGCAACUUGGCAUCCAGCUGCAGAUGGUCAUGUCUCUGUCACACCAAGUACAGCACCUUUGGGUGAGUUGGUUGAUGCACUAGACACAGAGUCAGUAGUGCCUAAUACAGACUGUUGUGGAGGUAAACGAAAGCACUGCUUGUCUCCAUGUCACCCUCCAGCAAAAAGACAGCCAUUACAUUGUCCGCCUGUACCUAUGUGGGUGUUUCACCAGCUUCCCAGUUCUAUGAACCAGCCAGCAAUCCCUUUGUUUAGUGACAGGAUAGAUAGAGAUAGCCGUAAUAAAGCAGCUGAGGGUGAAGGUGCUCCUCCAACACUCUGCUUUAACCCCCAGCUGGCACAGUAUGAAGCCUCUUCAGAAUCUGACUGGGAUUCCCAACUUGUGUCUCAGCACUACAAUAAUACCUCUCAUACUUCCCAUUUUGGAGAGCUAACAACUGCCCAGGUCAGUCUGGAUGAGAGCUGGUAUGGGAAACGGCUCUGCUCUGUGUUGGCUCAUGAGCAAACUUUGGGGUCUACCAGCACUACACAGACUGUAACCCUGUCACAUACAACGUAUGACCUUUAUCUUAGUGGGGUGGCUUCUUGAAGGGGCCCUGGAAAACAAGCUAAUAACUGAUAAUCAUCCUCUGGAUUGCUGACAGCUACCUGUUUAUCAUUUCUGCAUUGUUCAUUUUCCUGUAUAUUUAUUUGUCCAUUACACUAGAUCUCUAUGUAUUGGUAAAUCCCCCCCCCCCCCUUGCUCCUUCCGGGAGAGAUGAGCUAGUGAGCCCUCGGCUUCUGCCCACAGCUAUUAAGAGCAGCUUAAUGACUCUUAAUGGCAUAGAGAAGUUCUAGCUGGAGUUUAAUGCCAAACCUUCUGAUCCUGCCAAGAACUGAGACUCUUGAGGCAAAUCUUAUACCUACAAAGCCUGGAUCUGGAUCUGAUAAAUGUUCAGAUAUAAAACCCAAGGUAGCUGCCUUGCUGGCGCAUACUAUAACAGGUCCUGAUAAAUGUUUUCAUAUAUGUGGCAAGAUACUAUUGAUCUCUAGGUAAAGUGUCCCUUUUAAUAUAGUCAAGAGGCUUUUUAUUAGGUUAGGCAGGUUGCCUUAAUUCAUUUUAAAUCAGAUGAGGGUGGCUAAGUAUUAAGCUAUAUUCAAAGGCAUCAGAUUGAGUGUUCUAGAGUGUCCUAUUCCUCUGAAUGUGGCUUAUAGAAAUCAAUAUGCAAAAACAACCCCACUCAGAUAAAGAGAAUUAGGUUUUUAGACUAAAAAAUAUGCCAUGUGUGAAUUUACCUUUAAGUGUUAGGAGACCCAUGACUGCCCCUCGUGCUUAGAUAUCAUUUUCAGUGGCCUGGAGCAUUUGUUUUUCAGACUUAUGAGGAAAGAGACUUUAUUUUGGAAGACUUGGUUGACCACAAAGACUCUUUCUAUACUUGUUCGGCCAACAGUUAUUCCUCCUUGGAAAGCAAUGUGUUUUUAAUGGAGGGGAAAAGAUGCUAUCAGACUUUAACAAAAAGUUUAGGUGUUAGAAGUUUAUGCCUGAUCUUGCUUCCCCCCAACAGACUGUCUAAACCCCCCCCCCCCCCAAUACACACAGAAGAUGUCCCGGUUCUGCUUGGCACUUUGGCCUGACUUUGCUCAGUUCUAUAGAACCAUACAUAUAACAACAAUCUACAAUUUAUACAUUUGAAGCCAACCCAAAUAUUGUAGGAGCAAAUUUAUAAAAACCAGGAGCUCCAUUUUGUUCACUAUAAAUUAGGGGUAGAUGGGUUACUACAGGGGGCAGAUAGACUAUUUCAGGAGCUUUAUAAUUUAUUGUCCAUAGUAGACGUUCAUUCACACACUACACGUAUGACUUACAUGAGGCGUGAUCUUUAGGCUACUGAUAAUUAGACAGGGCCAUUGGAAAUACAUUGUCAGAAGGUUUGUUUACAUGUGUGAACGGUACACAGCUUUUUAAUAUUUGAGUAUUUUUUGUUCCCUGGAUGGCAGUAUUUUCUACUUUCUUGUAUGUUCCUGUUAUAUGUAUGUAAAUGGUAUAAUCCUACCUCUAAUGUGAAGUUGUUAAAGAUUUUUUUUAUUUUUAUA